AUGGGAUAAAGUUCAUCUUAAAAUUUACAGCAAUCUAGAAUGCAAGUACCUAAAAUAAAUGAAUUAUAAUUUUGGAGAUAAGUGAAUGAUGUCAGAUAUGGAGAAAUCAAAGUCUAUAAAUUAAAUGAUGGACACGCUGUGGCUGUCAAAGAUCAUAUUUUAUAGGAUGAAGAAUAAUGGCUUAAAUUUAAACAAUCAGCAGAAAUGAAUAUGACUUAAAGAGAUAAGAAUUUGUUCUUAAUCUAAAUGAUAGAUUUAUAACAUGUCACAGAAAAGGAAUUAUGUACCUAGAUGACUUAAGCACAUAGUGUAUAUGAAUAUUUUGAUGAAUAUUUGGAUAGAGUAAUUACUGAAUAAAGUGCAACUAAAUAACAUUUUGAAGAAAUAGAAAUAGCUGCUAUGAUUCAUUGUACUGUAUAAUCUUUUUUAAUAUAAAUCUUUAGUUAAUGGCAUUAUAACAAUUAACUAAGCAAUAAAAAUCACAUGGAGACAUUCGUCCAAUUACUAUAAGUGUUACUUCAUUUCCAAAGAAAAGUCCUCAUCGACAGAAUGAACCUCUACCUGUUUAUAAAUUGACAGACAUCUAAGAAUUGACUGAUAUGAAUGCAUUUCGUAGAUGUGUUGCCAAAUAACAUGCUUAAUAUAAUUUAAGUCCUGAAUAAUUAACAUUCUUAAAAUAAAGAGUGCUUAGACCAACUUAUGAUUUAGAUAAAUCUGAUGUGUUUUGUAUUGGAUUAACUGCAUUAUAAAUGGCUACUCUAAAUAGUAUUUAUGAUAUUUAUGAUAAUUCCAACUAUCUCAUUAUUACAGAUAAAUUAGAUACUUACAUAAGAGAAAUGAAAACAAUAUAUAGUGAAUAAUUAUGUUCUAUAGUAUGUUAACUAUUACAAUUAGCUCCUGAAAAUAGACCUAAUUCUUAUUCAGCUAAUGAUUUAUUGAUAGGAUUUAGAUAUUAAUUGGAAGAUUAUUUCAGAGUAAAAAUUUAUCAUAUUAAUUUUAUUUUAGUAAUCCACAAUCAAGGAAUAUUUACCCAAUUAUUCAAUAGAAUUUAAAUAGAUAAAUAACAAACAAAUAAAUAGAAUUGAAGAAAAUUAAAUAGCAAAAAGUAAAUUAGUAGACACAAGUGAUAUUUAUGAAUAAAUGGAAAUUCUAGAAUAAAGAGCUAAGGUAGCAUUAUAAAGAAGUCAAGAUGCAUAAGUUAGAUAUCAAAGAACACCAGGAAAAAGAAUUAAAUCAACUUAAUGGGAACCAACUAACAGUUAUUAAAUGUAUAAUAAUCUUACUCCAAUAACAUAAAAGGAACUUUAAUUGUAAUUAAGUGAAUACAAGUAAGAAAUUCAAUCCAAUAAAUAAUCUACAUACUCUUAUAAUAAUAAUGCUCCUUAGUAUUUGAAAAAAGAAAUUAAUACCUUUCAAAAUCAUUAAGGUUAAGAGGAAUAUGAAUAUAAUUAAUAAGAGAUUGACGAAAAACCAAAUUAAAGUGUUGUUGAACAAAUCGAAUUGGCAAGUUCAAAUUAAAAAAUUUAUUCACAAAGACCUAUUAAUAAUAAUACUGCCUCAUUUUCUCAUUAAUAAUUAUUUGAAUCAAUUAAUACUGAAUAGCCUAAACCAUAUAAUUAGACUUAUAAUUAUCAAUAAUAGUAUUCUCAGUAGUCCAUAAAGUAAUAAGAAUAAUAAUAAUAAUAUUAAUAUUAAUAAUAAUAAUAAUAAUAAUAAUAAUCAUAAUAUUAAUAAUAAUAAUAAUCAUAAUAUUAAUAAUAAAGUAAUUAUUAAUAACCAAGAUAAUCACAAAUAUUAAGAGAUUAAUAAAUCACCAAACAAUUAACUGGUUAAUUUGAUAUCAAAUAAUCAGUAAGUAAUGAUAAUUAUUAUCUUUAAUAAUCAUAAAUCCCAAGAUCACCUGAACCUUAAAACAUCUAUCCUAAAAUGGAAUAUUAACAUUAAUCAUAGAAUGAGUAUCAACAAUAAAGAAUCAAUCGUUAAAUAACAGAAUCUUUCGAUUCAUAAUUAUCUAGUCAUAGCAAAUAAUAAAUACAAGAAUAAUAAUAAUCCAUUUCCAGACAAUAGAGACCAAAUAUAUCAAGAUAAUUGACUGGAUCAAUAGUAGAGACAAGAAAAUCAAUAAAAUAGUGA